UGCUGUCGGAAGUUGUACGGUGAUUCAUGUCUGUCACGGUGACAAUAGCAAAGCCCCUCCCACGGGGAAGAAGAACCCGAUGAAACCCUAAUUCCUCCCUGGUUUCUCCCGAUUUAACACGGGCACAUUCGCUUUCUCCCUCUCAAGAACUCAAGGCAGUGAAGUCAUCGCUCUGCGUCCACAGUUUAAUCAGAGACACUACUACUUUCUCUGCUCCAUUUAGAGAGAGAAACGAGGAGAGGGAGGCCAACUAAGCCAAUGUCUUCCACAGCAAGGGGGUUUGUGAAGGGCUGCAGGGCUUUGAUGGCCCCAGCCAAGGCCGCUGCCUCCAAAUCGUCUUCCUCUAGCGCCGCAAAGCCCAAGCCUCGUUCAUCCUCGUCACCGAAAUCGCCUUCUACUGCUCGUAAAUUGAGCGCGCCGGGCGGCAUCCUCAAGGUCUCGCCUGUCUCGCCGGCGCUCCACCAGUUCCUCGGCGCGCCGGAGGCGUCUCGCACCGACGCUCUCAAGAAGAUCUGGGCCUACAUCAAGCUCCACAACCUCCAGAAUCCUGCAAAUAAGAGGGAAAUUAACUGUGACGACAAGCUGAAGGCAAUAUUUGAAGGGAAAGACAAAGUUGGUAUGCUCGAGAUUGGAAAGUUUCUGUCACGUCAUUUCGUGAAGACUUCCUAAUUGCCGGUCAACCUCUAGAACUUCAGCAUCUUGUAAAAAGUAGGUAGAAAACAGGGAGGUUCAUCUUGUUGGUGUUUGGUGGUCUUUAUGCAAGAUGUUUUGAAGUUGUACUGCUAACGAUUUGGGUUGGAAACUGUUAGGCAUGUAGGAAAGAAGUUGGGGAACUGUGGUUUAUAUAUCCUCAUUGAAGCAGUUGAUGUCCACUUUUUUGCUGUUGCGUUUCAA